UUUCUGUAACGUCCUACAAGCUAUAGUUUCUCUUACAAUAACCAAAAAAGCAAAACUAUAAUACCCAAAAACCAAUACCAAAAACGACUCUCUUUUGUUGUUUUAUCUUUUCUCUCUGUCUCUUGUCUGUUCUAAACUCUCGUUUCUGUUAUUCUGUUUGUUUGUUGUCUUUGAUGGAGUUUCUGUUUAUUGGGUACGUUUUUCUUCGAGGUUUGGAGCUUAUUAGAAAAGGUGUGAAGACGGGACACAUGUUUACAUUUUUUCACUUGGUGUAUUAGAAGGUGGUAGGGUCAUAAUUUUUAAGGCUAAUUCGCCAGCAUCAUCAUCAUCAUCAUCAUCAUCAAUCAUCAUCGUCAUCAUCAUGCCUAAAGGUGGUGGUACCAUGUUGCAGGACGUGAUUGACUCACCGGAUCAGCUUCCCCUUGAUGAAAUUUCAAGCCCAAUCAGUGCUCAAAUUUUCGACAUUUGUGACCCAGAACUCUUCCCUGAUACCUUACCGAAUUCUGAGGUCACUUCUAGCUCAAACUGUUGCUAUGAAGAGAAUUCCUAUGCCACAAAUAUUCCGUUACCUCAAGAUAUAAACACUAAGUACAAUGGUUACCAAGAUAACAAUGGCAAUCCUAAUACAACCUCCAACCCUGCCCCCGCAACCACCAGCACCAGCACUACCACCACUGCCACCAACACUAACACCACCACCAACAAUAGUAGCAAUCUGUCAAUAAUAUUUGAUUCCCAGGAAGAAAUUGAUAAUGACAUCUCUGCUUCCAUAGACUUCACUCCUUCCCCUUCUUUUUCUGUCCCACCAUUUCUUGCCAACCAACAAGACCAAUUUGAUUUCUCUUCAGUGCAGCCUCAAAUUCCUUUAUCAGAGUCUAUUGUUGAGGGUCUCUCACAGUACCCUGCGGAGCCAGUUGCAUCUCUUAUGGGGGCUCCCUUAUCAUCUGUUUUUGAAGAGGAUUGUAUGUCUUCUGUGCCCUCUUAUGUGCCUUUGAAUCCUCCAUCUUCUUCUUGCUCUUUUCUCGGCCCUUCCUUGGGUACAUACAUGUCUGCUGGGGCCUUGAAUGCUGCUGCAUUAUCUGCCGACAAUUCUGGGAUUUUUGUUGGAAGCAUUCUUAUGGGUUCUGAACUGCAACCUCAAGAAUUGGAUUAUCAGGGAGAAACUGGAGGACUUUACUGUCCAGAUUCUAUGCAAAGGGUAUUCAACACUGGAGACCUUCAGGCACUUAGUACAGAGAGUCAGCAACUGAUGGGCAAGGCUGGGAGUUCUACUCCAUUAGCAUCAGAAAUUUCAAGUUUGGAAGACACAACUUUCAAAGUAGGAAAACUCUCUGUGGAACAAAGGAAAGAGAAGAUCCAUAGGUAUAUGAAGAAGAGGAAUGAGAGGAACUUCAGCAAGAAAAUAAAGUAUGCCUGCCGCAAAACACUAGCAGACAGCAGACCUCGAGUCAGAGGAAGAUUUGCAAAGAAUGAUGACUUUGGAGAGGCACAUAGGCCUGCUUGUAGCAAUCAUGAAGAGGAUGAUGAUGGUGAAGUAGUUGUGAAAGAAGAAGAGGAUAUGGUGGAUUCAUCAGAUAUCUUUGCUCAUAUUAGUGGAGUGAACUCCUUUAAAUGCAACUAUCCAAUUCAAUCCUGGAUAUGACUCGAUAGAUUUUGCAGCAUUAAACAUUAUUACAAUUUUGCAGGACCCUCUUUCAGCCUAGAUGUAUCUGUCUAGGUUUUUUCUUUUUGUUUUUUGUUUUCUUUAAAAAAAGAAAGAAAAAUAAUAAUUGGGUCAGUUAUAUAUAUAUAUAUAUUUAUAAAUAAUUGUCAGGAUUAUAUAUUAAAGUGAAUAACAAUGUAGCUCUGUAUAUACUACUACAUCACUUGUACCAACUUCAAGAUCCAAUAGUUGUACAAUGGCAAUCUUAAUUACUGGAAA